ACGUCAGCUAUUUGGCAUCCUGAGGUACCGGAGAAGAAAGAAAAAAUAAGUCUAGUCAACCGCCCACCGCAGGAGACUGGGGGUGAUAUUCCACCAUCCUGGAUUUACAACCAUUUCAAGGAUAUUUGUGUACAGAGAAGACAUUUUUGGUGGGACUUCUAACCACUGAUGUUGGAGUAACGUUAGGCUAUCAUCCGGAAAUCUUGACGGCCAACUGACGGUUUAGCCUACAUGAUUCAGCGCCCGUUUUACCUGAGUGGCUGAAGACUCAAGGAGAAAAAAGAACAAACAAUGGAUCAAAACUUGUUUGGUGGAGUCCCUAGGUUUCUCACCCGCCCAAAGGCAUUCUCAGUGUGUGCAGGUAAGGAUGCCACACUCAGCUGCACUAUCGUGGGCAGCCCAACUCCACUGAUCACCUGGGAAAAGGAUAAGCUUAAGCUGACAUCUGGGGGACGCUUCAAGACCGUGGAGGAUGGAAAUGUGUACCGCCUGACCAUCUAUGAAUUAACACUGGAGGACAGUGGCCAAUUCAUGUGCCGGGCCAAAAACAGCAUUGGGGAAGCUUAUGCUGCUGUUACCCUCAAAGUGGCCCUGCCCUCAGAGAUGGCUCAGAGGGCCCCUGUUUUCAUAGUUAAGCCUACCUCUACACGUGUAGGUUUGGGAGGUGAUGUCGUUUUCCACUGCCGGGUUGCAGCUUACCCCGAGGCCAACUUUGAUUGGGAGAAAGAUGGGCGCUACAUGGGGGAGACUAACCGUAUCAAGAUUGUUUCCGACAGUGACAGCAGCACCUUAAAGAUUCAAAGUGUGCGGAACCUUGACAGCGGCACCUACACCUGCAGGGCCCAGAACACUGUUGGCCGUUCUCACGCUGCAGCAGCUCUUGUUGUAGAGGCCCAGGAUUCCCACCACCUGGCUGCAGACAAGAACACCUCCCUCCUUUCUCACCUACAAAAGCGCAAGGAGGAAAUGAAGAAGGACAUUUCUAUCUAUCGCACUGAAGAAAGCAGAUCCUCUCUUUCUUCCUCCUCCACAGCCAACAUCACAGAUGGUUUGAAUUCCCAGAGUCUGGAACAUGAGCUGAGGGCAUCUGUGCUGGCAAAGCUGCCCAAAGGUGUGUUCACCCGGACCUGCACAGUGACUGAAGGCAAACAUGCCAAACUCAGCUGCUUUGUGACAGGUCACCCUAAGCCCCACAUUAUCUGGAGGAAGGAUGGAACAAACAUCAGCGAGGGCCGCAGGCAUGUCAUUUAUGAGGAUCAAGCUGAAAACUUCAUCCUUAAGAUCCUCUACUGCAAGCAGAGUGAUAAUGGUCUCUACACCUGCAAUGCAACCAAUAUGGCUGGGCAGACCUACAGUGCUGUGUUGGUAACAGUCAAAGAGCCUAAGGUGCCAUUCAGAAGGAAGCUGCAGGAUGUGGAGGUACAAGAGAAAACAUCAGCCACCCUGAUGUGUGAGGUUCCUGUUAGUGCCACCCUGGCCAACUGGUUCAUGGAGGAAACGCGGCUGGAGCAAAGCACCAAAUAUUACAUGGAGCAGGAAGGCACCCUGCGUCGUCUCACCAUACAUAAUGUCACAACCAACGACGAUGGUGUCUAUAUCUGCGAGAUGAAAGAGGGCAGUCGCACUGUGGCUGAGCUCACUGUCCUGGGCAACAUUACUAAGAAGCUUCCCCGGAGGACAGUAGUUCCUGUCAGUGACACUGUCAUCUUCUGUGUGGAGCUGGAGCAUCCCUUCCCGGAUGUUUACUGGACCCGCAAUGGCGAGAAGCUGAAGGAAGAUUCCCGUAUUUCGAUUGGCUGCGUGCUGAGACAGUACACACUCACAAUUAGAGAUUGCCAGGCAGAUGACUCAGGAGAAGUGGCCUUUGUGGCUGGAGACUGCAAGACUUCCACUCGAUUCUCUGUCACUGCUGCAAGGAAGCAUCCCCCCGAUCCCCCAGUCGAUGCUGUGGUGCAGAACAAGACUGACUCAUCCAUCACCAUUCAGUGGUCUCCUCCUGACAGCGACCGCCCUGUACCCAUCAAGGGCUACAUUGUGGAGAAAAGGAAGAUUGGCACUCAGACAUGGCAGAGGUGCAAUGCUGGGGUAACCAUAGUUUCAACAGAGAUCACCGUCUGCGACUUCACAGAAGAAGCCACCUACCAGUUCCGUAUCUCUGCUAUGAAUGCCUUUGGCCAGAGUCCCUACCUGGAGAUGCCUGGAAGCUUCUACCUCGAACCCAGUGCUGAAAUCAGGAAAGGCCUAAUGAACAGUACUGCAAUCUCUGGUGAGGAAUUCUCUAUCUCCGUGGAGCUGUCUGCUGUUUGUUCCGGCUACUGGUCUCUAAACGGCCGCCUUCUGCGCAGUGGAGCCGACUACCUUAUCACCAGAUCCAAGAACACGCACACUCUGCUCAUCCGUGUCGUGACCAUGGAAAUGAAUGGAACUGAGGUCAAGUUUGUGGGUGGAGGCUCGCAAAGUAGUUGCAUUCUAUCUGUGAAGGCUCCUUCUGUUAGGUUCACCAACAAGUCAGAUCUGCUGGAGGUGGUGAUCUGCAGUGCCCAAGCCACUGCUCAGCUGACUGCUGAGGUGUCAGAUUACGAUGCACAGGUGGUGUGGAUGAGGAAUGGGCGGGAGGUGAAAAUAGGAAAGAAGUAUGAACAUAUGAUCAUCGACUGCAAGAGGAUCCUUAUUGUACACAAUGUUACAGAGGAAGAUGUGGGCAUCUACGAGUGUGUUUUAGGUGAUGACAGAAUGUCCCUGCAACUCACUCUUAAAGAUGAACCUGCCAAGUUUCUAAACAAAGCCAGAGGUACCAUGGGAAUGUCAUCGUCCCUUAAAGGAGAUCUUGAGCUGAGCUGUGAGGUAUCUCCUGCCAGCGCGGUCGUUGUGUGGAGAAAAGAUCAAGUGGCGAUCAUUGAGGACCAAAGAACUGCCUUCAUCUCCAAAGGGACUCAAAGGAAACUCAUCAUCAAGAAUGCCAAGAAAAGUGACGAAGGACAUUAUUCCUGUGAGACAGCAGCAGACAAAGUCACAUUCCAGGUCAAGAUAAAAGAAACUCAAGCCGUAGCUGCCUUCUCCAACAAGGAGUCAGUCCAGAAGGAGGUGAAAGCUACUCUCUCCCAGAAAGCCACUCUUAGUUGCAAUGUUUCAGAUAGCAAGACAGAGGUGAAAUGGUAUAAAGAUGGAAAGUUGUUGAUAUCCAGUAGGACAACAUACUCAGAAGUAAAAGACAAUACUCGUCAGCUGGUGAUUGAAAGAGUGGAGAAGAGCGAUGCUGGAGAGUAUACAUGCGAAGCCGGAGGGGAUAAGCUGGUCUUCAAGAUAUUUGUGUCAGAGGUCCAGUCAGCUUUCUUCAACAGGGAAUCAGUCCAGAGGGAAGUGAAAGCCACUCUCUCCCAGAAGGCCACUCUGAGCUGUGAGGUAGCUGAUAACAAGACAGAUGUGAAAUGGUACAAGGAUGGCAAACUGCUGACUUCUAGCAAGACACUCCAUACUGAGUCCAAAGGCAAGAGUCGUCAGCUGGUGAUCGACAGUGUGGAGAAGAAGGAUGCUGGAGAAUACAUCUGUGAGGCUGGGACUGAGAAGUUGGCUUUUAAGAUGCAUGUGGCAGAGGCCCAGUCAGCCUUCUCUAACAAGGAGUCAGUCCAGAAGGAGGUGAAAGCCACUCUCUCCAAGAAAGCCACUGUGAGCUGUGAUGUUUCUGAUUCCAAGACAGAGGUGAAAUGGUACAAGGAUGGCAAGCUGCUGACUUUCAGUAAGACAAUACACACAGAGUCAAAGGGUAAAAGUCGCCAGCUGGUGAUAGACAGCGUGGAGAAGAAGGAUGUUGGAGAAUACAUCUGUGAGGCUGGGACUGAGAAGCUGGUCUUCAAACUCCAGGUGGCAGACACACAGGUCCAGUCUGCUGUCUCUAACAAGGUGUCUGUCCAGAAGGAGGUGAAAGCUACUGUCUCCCAGAAAGCCACUCUGAGCUGGGAGAUAUCUGAUACCAAGACAGAGGUGAAAUGGUACAAGGAUGGCAAACUGCUGGGCACCAGUAACGCCAUCCAUGCAGUGUCAAAGGGCAAGAGUCGUCAGCUGGUGAUCGACAGUGUGGACAAGAAGGAUGCUGGAGAGUACAUGUGUGAAGCUGGGACUGAGAAGCAGGUCUUUAAAAUACAUGUGGAAGGUACUUCUACAGAAGUCCAGGCUAAAUCCGCUUUCCUCAACAAAGAGUCUGUCCAUAGGGAUGUGAAAUCUACUCUCUCCCAGAAAGCCAUCCUGAGCUGUGAGGUAGUUGAUAACAAGACAGAGGUAAAAUGGUACAAGGAUGGCAAACUGCUGAGUCCCAGCAGAGCAGUUCACAUGGAAUCAAAGGGCAAGAUUCGUCAACUGGUGAUUGAAAGCGUAGAGAAGAAAGAUGCAGGAGAAUACAUCUGUGAAGUCGGAACUGAAAAACUGGCAUUUAAAGUACAUGUGACAGAGAUCCAACCCAAGUCAGUCUUCUCCAACAUGGAAUCAGUCCAUAGGGAGGUGAAAGCCACUUUCUCCCAGAAGGCCACUCUGAGCUGUGAGGUAGCUGAUACCAAGACAGAGGUAAAAUGGUACAAGGAUGGCAAACUGCUGACUUCCAGUAAGAUGAUCCAUGUAGAGUCGAAAGGCAAGAGUCGUCAGCUGGUGAUCGACAGUGUGGACAAGAAGGAUGCUGGAGAAUACAUCUGUGAGGCUGGGACUGAGAAGUUAUCGUUUAAGAUGCAUGUGACAGAAGCCCCAGCUGGCUUCUCUAACAAGGAGUCAGUCCAGAAGGAGGUGAAAGCCAUUCUCUCCCAGAAAGCCACUCUGAGCUGUGAGGUUUCUGAUUCCAAGACAGAGGUGAAAUGGUACAAGGAUGGCAAGCUGCUGACUUUCAGCAAAGCAGUCCACAUGGAGUCAAAGGGCAAGAAUCGUGAGCUGGUGAUAGAAAAAAUGGAGAAAAAAGAUGUUGGAGAAUACACAUGUGAGGCUGGAACCGAAAAGUUGGUAUUUAAGCUGCAGAUGACAGAUGCAGCUGUCAAGUUCCAGAAUAAACUUGUCAAGGACACAUGUAUUGUUCAAGCAAGUGAAAAAGUUGUUUUGACCACCGAGCUGACCACCGAGAGCGGUAGUGUGAAGUGGUUUAGAGAUGGUGUGGAGCUCAAGGAGGGCAGCAAGUAUGAAAUGAAAAAAGAUGGCCUUUCUCGUACCCUGAUAGUAAAAUCCACCGAUUCCAAAGACAGUGGAACAUACUCCUGUCAAACUGCUGAUGACAAACUGGAGUUCAAAGUUCAAGUUAAAGAUUCAGCUUUGAAGUUUGUUGUCCCUUUGAAACCUACUACAGUGGAGUUGGAAGGUACACUUAGCCUGAUGUGUGAACUAAAUCAAGCUUUAGGGGAUGUUGUCUGGCAGCAUGAUGGCCGUGAGAUCAAACCUGGAGGCAGGCACUGUGUCAGGACAGAUGGUGCUAAGCAGGUUCUCACUGUGACGGGCAUGACUAAAGAAGAUGAAGGAGAAUACAGCUGUGAAUGUAGAAAUGACAAGACCUCUGCUAAAGUCACCUCAAAAGCACCCAGACUGGUGAGGCUAACCACCAAACUGAACAAUGUGGCUGCAAUAGAGGGAAAAGACGCCAUUUUCAAGUGCGCUGUCAACCCAGCGGAAGUCAAUGUUAGAUGGUUCCACAACAAUCUACCCGUGACUGCUGGGCCCAAGUAUAAGAUUGAGCAUGGUGGCAGCAGUUACUCACUCACCAUCACCUCUGUCACCCAAAAAGAUGCUGGAGAGAUAAGUGUUGAUGCAGAAGGCAAAAGCUGCAAAGCUACCCUACAAGUGCAGCAUGAACCUGUGACAUUUAAGAAAAAGCUAGAAAACCUGACAGUGGAGGAGCAGAGUGAAGUGAAGCUGGAGGUGGAGCUCAGUAAGCCAUCUGAAGAAGUGAGGUGGAUGAAGAACAGCAUAGUGCUGCAGCCUGUAGGAAACAUGGAGAUUCGGGUAGACGGAGCUAAGCAGGCUCUGGUCUUAAAGAGUGUGACUCAUGCUGACCGGGGCAUCUACUCCUGUGAAUCUCUGGAUGACAAAACCCAGGCCAAACUCAAUGUGGAGAUGAAGAAGAUCCAGGUAAUAAAGGGUCUAACAGAAACCAAGGCACAUGAAACAGAGACGGUAACUCUUGAGGUAGAACUCAGCCAGGCUGAUGUUGAAGGCUCCUGGACCAGGGAUGGGGCCAAGUUAAAGUCAGGGGCGAACUGCCGUAUCACAGCCCUGGGAAAGAAACACACCUUAACGUUGUCCAAUCUCAAGAGGGAGGAUGCAGGAACUAUUGCCUUCCAAGCAGAAGGAGUGCAUACUUCUGGCAAACUGAUUGUUACAGAACCUCCUUCUAUGAUAUCCAAGCCAAUUAUGGAUAACAGUGUUCCUGAGAAGGAGAAGGUUACUUUUGAAUGUGAAGUGUCCAGAACCAAUGCAGAUGUUAAAUGGUUCAAGGAUGAUGUGGAAUUGAAACCAGGGAAGAACUUUGGCAUCCAUUCCUUGGGCCGAAAGCGCACUUUGGUCAUCAACAAAUGCACACCUGAAGAUGCAGGCACUUACAUCUGUCGCACUACUGAUGAUAACACCUCUGCCAAGCUCACCAUUGUUGCCAGAGAUAUUAAGAUUGUUAAGAAGCUGGAGGAUGUGGAAGUGAUGGAGAAGGAGAGUGCUGCAUUUGUCUGUGAAAUCUCACAUGAUGAAGUGGACUGCCAGUGGUAUAAAGGAAGUAUCAAACUCAAAGUCAGUGACAACAUCAAGAUGAGACAAGAGGGCAGAACCUAUGUACUGCUGUUUAGGUCUGUCACCCCAGGAGAUAUGGGUGAGAUUAAAUUCACAGCUGACAAGGCCUCAUCAACUGCAAAACUUAAAGUGAAAGAGCUGCCUGUCAAGUUUGUGAAGAGACUCAGGGAUAAGAUAGCGAUGUAUAAGCAUCGUGGUCAUCUUGAAUGCCAAGUGUCACGUGCCAGUGCAAAUGUGAAGUGGUACAAGAACAAGAUGGAGAUCCAACACGGCAAGAAAUACGAGAUCAAAAGUGAAGAUGUGUACCGAAAACUCACCAUCAACGAUGUGGACUCUGGGGAUGAAGACACCUAUACCUGUGACGGCACUGAUGACAAAACAUCCUGUAAACUACUUGUGGAAGAGCAGUCCAUCAGCAUUGUGCGGGAGCUUAGUUCAGUAGAAGUCACAGAACCCUUUGCAGCUGUUUUUGAAGUUGAAAUCAGUAUGGAACUGGUGAAACCUCCUUUAUGGACUCUGAAUGGAGUUGCAGUGCAGGAAAGUGCUGAUAUUGAAAUGGAGAAAGAGGGUACUAUGCACCGUCUCACUUUCAAAAAGACCAAAGCUUCGAUGACCGGACCUGUGCAGUUUACAGCUGGGAAGAGCAAAUCUUUAGCCCAGCUCACAGUCAAAGAGCGUCCACUUGAGAUUGCAGAGCCCAUCAAAGAUGUGAAGGCAAAGGAGAAAAGCUCUGCCAUACUCACCUGCAAAUUCUCUGCCUCACCCAAAGAGGUUAAUUGGUCGAAAGGACCGGUACCUCUGGCAGCAUCAGACAAGUAUAACAUUAAGCAAGAUGCUACAAGGGCUCAACUUACCAUUCAAAGGUUGACAGAGGAAGACAGCGGAGAGUACCGCUGUCAGUCCGGACCUGCUGAGACCAAAGGGACACUUACUGUUGAAGUGCGUGACAUUAAGAUCACCAAGCACUUGGCUGACACAGAGGUUGAUGAAGACAGCGAUGCAGUGUUCCCAUGUGAGAUCAACUAUGCAGAUGAAGAGGCACAGUGGCUUCUAAAUGGCAAGGUGCUCUUCACUAAUGAAGUCAACACCAUCACUCAUGAAGAGAAGGUUCACAAGCUCACACUGAAGAACUUGGCACCUCAGGAUGGAGGGACUAUCACCUUUCAAGUCCGCAAGUUGAAAGAGUCUGUUACACUUAAAGUUAAAGAGAAGCGUGCUGUGUUCCUAAAGUCUCUAGAUGAUGUCAUUGGAGAGGAGAAAGGCAUGAUAACUCUGCCAUGCGAGGCGUCCAAGCCCAGGGUUUCUCCAAUAUGGAGAAAAGAAGGUAAAGUCUUGAAGGCUGGAUCAAAGUAUGAGCUCCUUCACACAGGCAAGUCUUUGGGACUGAUCAUCAAGGACAUCACCAAAGAAGAUGCUGGAGAGUAUAGUUGUGAUCUUGGAACUGAGGUUUCUAAAGCAAAGGUCACUGUAAGAGAGAUAGGCAUUGGAAUUACCAAAUGGCUGAAACCAGCUGAGGUGAAUGAGGGAGAGACUUGUAGCUUUGAGUGCAUAUUAUCUCGUGAGAGCACCGAUGAGUGUUCCUGGACUAUAAAUGGCCAAACUAUCGCAAAUGAAGGCCGCUUCAAAGCCACCAGUAAAGGACGCAGGUACAUGCUGACCAUUAAGGAUGUCACUCCUGCUGAUGCUGGAGAGGUGGUCUUUAACAUUAAAGACCUGAGCUCCAAAACGACAUUAACAGUUGAAGGCAAAGCUUCAUCUGUGUCUAAAGGACUACAGAAUGUUAGUGCUGUUCAAGAUGAAGAUGCUGUAUUUACCUGUGAGGUAACACAGGCCAGUUCCACUGUAAAGUGGGCCAAGGAAGGCAAAGCCAUCAAAAAGAGCCACAAGUAUGGCAUUAGCCAAGAGGACAAAGUCAUGAAGCUGACCAUCCAUAAUGUCUCUGCUCAAGACUCCGGAGAGUACAGUUGUGAAGUUGUUGGAGGUGCAACCACUAAAGCAAAGCUGGAAAUCAAGGAGCCAAUCCAUCAAUUUACUAAAGCGCUUAUUGACAGCCAAGCUGAGGAGAAGAGCUCUGUGGCCUUGCAAUGUCAGACUGCACAAACCCCAUCCACUGUGAUAUGGCUUAAGGGUCACACAGAGCUCAAGGCUGGAGGUCGAUAUGAGAUGUCCCAGAAGGAGGGGGUCCUAACUCUCACCAUCAAACACCUGGAGGAGAAAGACACUGAUAUCUACACUUGUGACGUGGGCACUGCCAAGAGCAUGGCAAAGGUGACAGUCAAUGCCAUGCCUGCCAGUUUUAAAGAGAAGCUCAAGAACCAGGAGAAAAAGCAAGGGGAGACUGUGACACUUUGCUGCAAGUUAUCGAAACCUGCGGACGGCGUUCAGUGGAAGAAAGGCACUGAAAUUCUCAAAGCUGGAGAGAAGUAUGAGAUGAAGCUAGAGGAAACCUCUUGUGAGCUUAAGAUUAGGAAUUUGGAGGUUGAAGAUAGUGGAGAGUAUUCUUGCAUGUGCGUGGACCAGAAGACAUCUGCAACUGUGAAAGUCAAUGCAUUACCGCCGACUUACAUACAGAAGCUGGAGAGCCAGGAGGCUGAGGAGGGAGCAAGUGUUACUCUGCAUUGUGAGCUCUCUAAACCUGGAGUCCCUGUUGAGUGGAAGAAGGGAACACAGGUCCUGAAGUCUGGAGAAAAGUACCAGAUAAGGCAGAAGGCCUCUGUGAAUGAACUCCUGAUCAACAAAGUGGUGCCAGAAGACAGUGGAGACUACAGCUGUGUGUGUGGAGACCAGAAGACCACAGCCAGCCUCAACAUUAAGGCCCAACCAGUGACGUUCAAACAGAAGCUGGAGAGCCAGGAGGCUGAAGAGGGAGCAAGCAUUACUCUGCAUUGUGAGCUCUCUAAACCUGGAGUCCCUGUUGAGUGGAAGAAGGGAACACAGGUCCUGAAGUCUGGAGGAAAGUACCAGAUGAAGCAGAAGGCCUCUGUGAAUGAACUCCUCAUCAACAAAGUGGUGCCAGAAGACAGUGGAGACUACAGCUGUGUGUGUGGAGACCAGAAGACCACAGCCACCCUCAACAUUAAGGCCAUGCCUGCCAGUUUUAAAGAGAAGCUCAAGAACCAGGAGAAAAAGCAAGGGGAGACUGUGACACUUUGCUGCAAGUUAUCGAAACCUGCGGACGGCGUUCAGUGGAAGAAAGGCACUGAAAUUCUCAAAGCUGGAGAGAAGUAUGAGAUGAAGCUAGAGGAAACCUCUUGUGAGCUUAAGAUUAGGAAUUUGGAGGUUGAAGAUAGUGGAGAGUAUUCUUGCAUGUGCGUGGACCAGAAGACAUCUGCAACUGUGAAAGUCAAUGCAUUACCGCCGACUUACAUACAGAAGCUGGAGAGCCAGGAGGCUGAGGAGGGAGCAAGUGUUACUCUGCAUUGUGAGCUCUCUAAACCUGGAGUCCCUGUUGAGUGGAAGAAGGGAACACAGGUCCUGAAGUCUGGAGAAAAGUACCAGAUAAGGCAGAAGGCCUCUGUGAAUGAACUCCUGAUCAACAAAGUGGUGCCAGAAGACAGUGGAGACUACAGCUGUGUGUGUGGAGACCAGAAGACCACAGCCAGCCUCAACAUUAAGGCCCAACCAGUGACGUUCAAACAGAAGCUGGAGAGCCAGGAGGCUGAAGAGGGAGCAAGCGUUACUCUGCAUUGUGAGCUCUCUAAACCUGGAGUCCCUGUUGAGUGGAAAAAGGGAACACAGGUCCUGAAGUCCGGAGGAAAGUACCAGAUGAAGCAGAAGGCCUCUGUGAAUGAACUCCUCAUCAACAAAGUGGUGCCAGAAGACAGUGGAGACUACAGCUGUGUGUGUGGAGAUCAGAAGACCACAGCCACCCUCAACAUUAAGGCUGUGAAGCUGUCAGCUCCUCCUUCAGCUACUAAACUGGAAUCUAAGAGGCAGGAGACCAAAGAAACAAUGGAAGCCAAGACCCCUGAAGCUCCGUUCAUAGCUGCUAAAGACGAGCACAAGAAGCAAGAGAUAUAUGAGACAGUAGAUGCUGUGACGCUGCCAGUUACUGGACAGACUCCUCAACAGCAGCUCCUUGUACAGGAGAUUCAGAGAGAUUCACUAGAGCUUGACGUGGGAGAUGAAGUUGAAAACACUGCUGCUGGAGUACCUGCAAAACACAAUACACAGAGGCAGUGGACCAAAGAGCCAAUAGCAGCAGUGAGACCGACAGAUGCUCCAGCAGCUGUGACAUUACUAUCUAAGGAUUCUAAAGAAGCGGUGGAAGUUACAGCAGAUAAGUCAACCGCAUCAGCAGUGACCUCCAAAGUUGAACCUGAGAAGCAGGAAUCCAAAGUUGAAGCCCAGCCUGUCCUUUUCAAAACCCUGCUGCAGAACCUUGAAAGACAGGAAGGGGAGAGCGCUAGUCUUCGCUGUGAGACCACAAAGCCAGGAGCCAAUGUUGUCUGGAGGUGUGGUGAUAGAGUGCUGGCGUCCAGCAGCAAGUAUCACCUGAAACAGGAAGCAACCAUAGUCGAGCUUGUCAUCUAUAAACUGCAGGGAGCUGACUCAGGAGAAUACUCCUGUGAUACAGGCAACCAGAGGACUUCAGCCGUCCUCAUUGUGCAAGAGGUCGAGGUUAACAUACUGAAAUUCUUGGAGAGCUGCGUUGUAUAUGAGGGUGAAGAUGUCCGCUUCGAAUGUCGGGUUUCUCAUGAGAAGGCACCUCUGGCCCAGUGGAAACUCCAGGAUGUCCCACUACAGAAUAAUGAAAUGAACCUGAUCAAGUCUGAGGGCCGGGUACACAGCCUCACACUCAGAGGCGUCACUACAGCUGACUCAGGAACAGUCACUUUCACAGUGGGUAACCACACUUCCACUGCUUCUCUAACAGUCAGAGCCGCACCUAUACUAUUCAAAAAGGAGCUGGAAAGUCAAGAAGCCACUGAAGGAGACAAGGCCACCCUGUCCUGCGAGACAUCCAGCCCUGACUGCAAGGUGACCUGGCUGAAGGGCUCAAUUGUGCUCACCCAUGGGGAGAAGUACACUAUGGAACAGAGAGCUAUCACUCACAUCCUGGUCAUACACAAGCUGAAUGUGAAGGAUAGUGGAGAAUAUACCUGUGAUACAGGGGACAAGAAAAGUACAGCUACCCUGACUGUGAAAGAGCAUGUGCGCCUCAUCCGAGAACUCUGCGAUAUCACUGUGACCACUGGGCAGGAUGCUGUCUUUGAGGUUGAGUUGUCACAUUCAGGCAUGACAAAUGGGGAAUGGUGGCUUGGAGACAACCUCCUCCAGAAUAAUGACCUAAAUCAAAUGAGCAGCCAGGGCAGAGUGCACCGUUUGACCCUGAAGAUGGUGACCACAGAUGAAUCAGGGGAUGUUGCCUUCGUGCUGGGAGAAGAGAAGAGUGUGGCUUGUCUUCUGGUGGAGGAGAAACCCAAAGUGCUAAUACUAGAGAAGCCACACAACACUGUGGCAGUAGAGGGCGAAACUGUCACUCUGGCCUGCACCAUCUCUGACGCCAAUGCCACAGUCACCUGGAUCAAAAACAACACGGCCAUCCAAGCGGGUCUUAAGUAUGACCUGAAGAACAACGGUGCAUUCCACCAGCUUCGUAUCCACAACCUGGUGCCUGAGGACUCAGGAGUGUACACCUGUGACACUGGAGAUGCACAGUGUGACGUCACCUUGACUGUGGAAGGUGCCCCAGUGUUUUUCCAUAAAGAGCUCAAGAACCAGGACGCCAUAGAGGGGGAUGAUGUUACCCUAUGCUGUGAGCUUUCUAAGCCAGGUGUUUGUGUCGAGUGGAGGAAAGGAGGCAUUGUCCUCCAGCCCAGUAAGAAGUGUGAGAUGAGGCAGGAGGGGUGCAUUCAAGAGCUCUGUAUUCGUAACCUGGAGCCUGAGGACAGUGGCUACUACACCUGUGAUGCAGGAGACCAACUGACCACAGCUUCUUUGGCAGUGCAAGUGAAAGAAGUCUUCAUUGUGUGUGGUCUUAAGACCAUCGACGUCUUUGUUGGGGAAUGGGCAACCUUCUCUUGCCAACUGUCUGGUAGGGCACCUGGCAAGGUGCAGUGGUGGCUGGAUGGCACCUUGCUGGAAAACAGCCCCUUUAGUGAGAAUGGGCUGAGCCACGGCCACAUCCACACACUCACCUUAAAGAACCUGGCCACAGAUGAUUCUGGCACUGUUACGUUCAAAGCUGGCAGUUUAACAUCAACAGCCAAGCUCUUAGUUAAAGAUCCCACAGUUGAAGUGGUGAGCGAGAUGGAGGACCUUCGGGUGCUCGAAAACCAACCAGCUGAGUUCAUCUGCCAGUACUCUAGGCCAGUCAAGGCUCAAUGGAAGAAAGACGGGCAGCCAUUGCAGCCUGAUGGCCGAAGGGUGGUAGUGGAGCAGGACUGGAAUGUGGCUCGCUUGUACAUUAGCCGUGUGUCCGCUGAGGACAGGGGCACAUACUCCUGUGAGACAGAGGGGACCUGUGUGGUCGCUUCACUUUAUGUGGAAGGCAAACCCAUUAACAUUGUCCAGGGCUUGGAGAAUGUAGAAACCUUUGAUGGAGGGGAAGCGCUGUUUGAGUGUGCCCUCUCUCGUCCUGAGAGCAAAGAUUGCCACUGGCUCCUUGAUGGAAAACCAGUGAAGGAAUCCCCUAAUGCUGAGAUUGUGACAUUUGAGAGCGGUCGUCGUCAUCUGCUCCUGCUGAAAGAGUUGCGAGUGAAAGACAGUUGCACAGUUACCCUCAAAGCUGGCACAGCAUCCACAUCUGCCCAACUCUCUGUCAAAGGCUGGCAGCUGGAUGUUGUGAAGGGCCUUGAGGACAAGGUGGCUGCAGUGGGAGAGAAGGUUGAGUUUUGUGUUGAGCUCACCGAGCCUGUCCCUUCAGCAGAAGUAGCCUGGUAUGCUAAUGGAGUUGAGAUUAAGUCCAGUGACCUCUGGGCUACGAGGGCUGACGGCUGUUCUUAUCGUCUUGUCCUGAGAAAGGCACCUCUUUUGCCUCAGCAGGAAAUUACAUUUGCUGCUAGAGAUGCUCUCUCUUUGGCCAAGCUCAAGAUCAUCACUGUACCUGAUCCUCCAGAGGACCCAGAGGUCCUCAGUAAGACAGACAAGUCUGUCACCCUCUCUUGGUUCACUCCUCUACAUGAUGGAGGGAGUCCCAUUCUGGGCUACAGGGUGGAGAUGCGGCUGGUAGACAGUGCUCUCUAUCUUCCAUGUCAUUCUGAACCUGUGUGCAACACAGAGAUUGUGGUUGAAAAUCUUAUCCCAGGGAGUGGCUACAGGUUUAGAGUGGCAGCCAUCAACAGAGCUGGGAUUGGAGAGCCUGUUGAAUUGCCCCAGACUGUGCAGCUUGAGGCUCCCAUUCAGCCACCAAUUUGCCCAGGUAUAGAGGCAAAACAGGUUGAGACUGAAAUGAUGGGACAACCCAGUCUGCCUCCAGAAGCUGCUGAAGAAGGUGAUGUCCAUGAGCUAUGGGAGGAAUCGGCCAAGAAACGGCGCAUGAGUCGAGAACCCACUUUGGACCCCAUCACUGAACAACCUGAGGAGGAUGGUAAAGGUGGUAAAAAAAAAACAGGACAGAAAGAGCUGAAGGCCUCAGAGAAAGUGGAGAUAAAAUCAGUUGAGAAGGAGCAGGCCAUUGCGUCUAAGAAGCAGACAGAGUCUAAAUUGUACACCAGCUCUGAGGAUGAGUCUGUUCCUGGGGGUUCAUCGCUUGUCUCCUACCUCAAGAAGAGCAGCACGUCUACUGUUACAGCGACCAAUGAGGCAGAGACUCUGACUACUGAGAGGUUCUUUGCACAUUUCCAGAUGACAGAGCAGAAAACAGUGCAGCAGACUAAAGUGGAAACAAGCACAAUUCAGCAGACAGAUGCAAAACAGGUGUCUACAGGGGAGAGUAACAUCAUGGAGAUCAGUAAAGAGGAUGAGCCUGAGCUCAGAGAUGCUGCCAUUAAGAUUCAAGCUGCCUUCAAGGGCUUCAAAGCCCGCAGGGACAUGCGCCCUGUCUUUAAAGAGGUAUUUAAAGACCAGACCAAAGAACCUAAUGACACCAUACAUCUAGAAUGUGUGGCAGAAGGUAAACCUGAUAAGGUGCGGUGGCUAAAGGAUGGAGAACCACUGACCGAUGGCAAGCACCACCAUAUUGAUAUCUACAAUGACGGUACUUGCUCACUGGUCAUCCCUGCCAUCACCACAAAGGACACCGGGGUUUACAUUUGUGAGGUCACCAACAAGUUUGGAGUUACUUCUCAUAGUGGUAAGGUCACAGUAGGAACGGCGAGAGAAUCAUCUGGGCGACGGCCACUGACCGUGGGCUACAGUGCCGACAGCGAGCCCGAUAGCUCCUCAGGAAGUGAGAUGGAUGAGUCACUAAGGCAGGCAAGCAGACGUCUCCGGCGCCUGUUGCGCACACGUCUCCCUCCAGAUGUUGAGGAAGAACAAUUUCUCAGCGCAGAUGAGGGAGACCUUGGUCCUCCAGAUCCCCACUCUUACCGGGAGGACAACAGUUUCAUCUACAUUCGCUUUGACUCAAGGGCAGAGGCUGAGGUUGCCUCAAAGAGGUUCCAGGAGAUGUUUACAAUCCGUGGGGUUCCUGUGGAGACCACCAUCCUGGAGGCAGGGCCUCUCAAAGUGGAGCUACGAAUUAGAAAGAUGGGCUACACGCAAGAUGGUACACAGACCCCCACACAAGAUAGACAGCCUCCUGCCUUUAUGGCUGGAGCACCCGCUGCCCCAGUUUUCUUGACAGAGCUACAAAGUCAGGAUGUUCCAGAUGGUUAUCCAGUCAGCUUUGACUGUGUUGUGAUUGGCAAGCCCCCUCCAACCGUUCGCUGGUAUAAGGACGGAAGAGUGCUGGAGGAGAAUGACCAUUACAUGAUCAAUGAAGACCAGGAGGGCUGCCACCAACUCAUCAUUACCACUGUGCUGCCCACUGACAUGGGUGUCUAUCGUUGCACAGCUGAAAACAGCAGCGGCAUCGCAGCCACUAAGGCUGAACUCAGGGUUGACAUGUCUUGCAGCUCAGAUUAUGACACUGCUGCUGAUGCCACUGAGACAUCUUCCUAUGUCAGUGCCAAGGGCUACAUGUCCAGGGAAACUGAGACAUUUGAGUCGGUGGUUGAAGAUGAUCAGCUACCACAAGUUGUGGAUGAGCUUCAUGAUGUUCAUGUCAGUCCAGGUUCACCUAUUGCUAAGAUGCAGCUCAAAGUAAAGGGCUUCCCCAAACCCAGAGUAUACUGGUUCAAAGAUGGCCACCCUCUGCGACCUUCAGAAAGGAUUCUGUUGCUAGCACAGAGAGAUGUUCAUGGAGUGGAGAUCCUGGAGGUGAAGAAAGAAGAUAUGGGGGAGUACUCUGCUUACAUCAGCAAUGUAGCUGGUUCUGCUUACUCCUCUGCCCGCCUGAUAGUCCUGAGUCCAGGGGAGAUGAUGCCACAAGAUAAAAGAGACCCCAAGGUGCCUCUGGUGCCACCCCGCUUCAUUGAAAGGUUCAGCAACAGAAAGGUGAAACAAGGAGCCAGCAUCACUCUUUCUGUCAAAGUAGAAGGCUCUCCACCUCCUAUGGUCUCCUGGCUUAAGGAGGAAUCAAUGGAAGAUGUCCUGUGGAUCAAGCCUGAUACCAAGGGAUACAAAAUAGCAAGCUCUGGGCGCCAGCACAGCCUCAUCUUGAUGGACGUGGGCACAGAAUACACUGGCACCUACACAUGCAUUGCCACAAAUAGAGCAGGACAGUCCAUCUGCACUGCCCAACUCGAGGUCGAUGACAUACCACAACCAAAAAAAGAGACCAAAGCCUCAGAGGUUCUUGGAAUUACAGUUAGUCCUCCAGAAGAGGAAGCUGGCAGAGGAAAAGAGGGUAAAAUGCCCUACCUAGGUGAAGUAGGUACAGAGGAAUUCCUCAUGAAACUCACCUCCCAGAUCACUGAAAUGGUAUCAGCAAAGAUUACCCAAGACAGCUUACAGAAUCAGGAAGUGCUCCAGUGGAUGAAAUCUUGGCCCAAAACUACCACUUCAUUACGCGUACCAGGUGUUGACAGUGAUGAUGAGACCAAGACUCCUUCUCCAUCACCUCAUCACGGUCGCUCUCGUCCUCCCUCCCUCAUUGCUGACUCCUCCUCUGAGUCUGAUGAGGGGGAUGCCAGGGGAGAGAUGUUUGACAUCUAUGUGGCAACGGCUGACUACAACCCCACCAAAGCAAGCAAAGAAUCCAUCUCUCUAAAGGAGGGACAGUAUGUUGAGGUUUUGGACUCAGCUCAUCCACUCAAAUGGUUAGUCAGGACCAAACCCACCAAAACUACACCAUCCCGCCAAGGUUGGGUCUCACCUGCCUACCUGGACAAGAAACUCAAACUCUCUGCUGAUACGAGUGACCUUCCAGAGACAAGUGUAGAGGAGGUGUCUGAGGGUGAAUACAAGAGGAAAUUAUUCCAACUGAUCCAAGACCUGAUAAAUGGUGAAUCACAGUUUGUAAAAGAGGUAGACUUCUUUACAUCCCAUCACAUGAAGCAUGCAGACAGCCCUGAUGCACCGCCUGAUGUCAGCAGCCAAAAGGAAGCCAUAUUCAGGAACAUUGAUGAUAUCAAGUCCUUCCAUAGCAAGGCAUUCCUCCCAAAGUUGAACGACUGUGACACAGAUGACGAUGUAGCCAUGUGCUUCCUGAAGAACAAGGACGGCUUCGAGAAGUACCUCCAGUAUCUUGUUGGUCAGAGUCAGGCUGAAUCUGCUGUCAGUGACAAGGCUGUUCACAGCUUCUUUAAGGAGUACACAGAGAAAGUACAAGCCAGUGCAGACCCUGCAGAUCCCCCUGUACGCAGCAUCAACGCCAGCCUCCAACAACCACUGGAGAGGAUUCAGAAGUACAAGGCCGUCCUCAAGGAGCUCAUCCGAAACAAGGCAAAAAAUGGCCAGAACUGCUGCCUACUGGAAGAAGCUUAUGCCAUGGUGUCUGCACUCCCUCAGCGCUCUGAGAAUACCCAUCAUAUCUCCAUGAUCGAGAACUAUCCUGCCACACUGGAAGUAUUAGGAGAGCCAAUGAGACAGGGACCCUUCCAAGUGUGGGAAGGGGCUCCAGGAAUUAGGACGUCGUCUAGAGGUCACCACCGGCACGUCUUCCUGUUUAAGAACUACUGUAUAAUCUGCAAACCGAAGAGAGACAGCAACACUAAUACACAAGCAUAUGUCUUUAAGAACAUGAUGAAGUUGAAUAACAUUGAUGUGAAUGAGACAGUGGAGGGUGAUGACCGUGCCUUUGAGAUCUGGCAUGAACGCGAGGACUCUGUGAGGAAAUACACCUUGCAGGCCCGAACUGUUAACAUCAAGAACUCAUGGCUGAGAGACUUUAGAGAACUGCAGCAGCGAUACAGCAUGCCUGCAUGGAGUCCUCCUGACUUUGAUGAAAUUCUGGCAAACUGUACAGCAGAGCUGGGACAGACUGUUAAGCUGGCCUGCAAAGCCACUGGAGUACCCAAACCUGCCAUCACUUGGUAUAAGGAUGGACGUACAGUGGAGGCAGAUCCUCAUCACAUCAUCAUUGAGGACCUUGAUGGUUCCUGCACACUGAUCUUGGAUAACAUGACAGCAGAUGAUUCCGGCCAGUACAUGUGCUUUGCCUCAAGCUCGGCUGGCAAUGCCAGCACUCUUGGCAAGAUCACUGUACAGGUGCCUCCUCGUUUUGUGAAUAAAAUGAGGAAUGCUACAUUUGUUGCUGGUGAGGACGCUCAGUUCACCUGCGUCAUACAGAGCGCCCCCAACCCCAAGAUCAGGUGGUUCAAGGAUGGCAGGCUGCUGACUGACCAGGAAAAGUAUCAGACCUACAGCGAGCUCCGCAGUGGGGUUCUGGUCUUGGUAAUAAAAAACCUGACAGAGAGAGACCUGGGACACUAUGAGUGCGAGUUGUCCAACCGUCUGGGCAGUGCCAAGUGUGCUGCUGAUUUAGUUCCACCGUCUGCUGUGUCUCGCACUGGUGAGCAGGCCAUCACUAUUGAAGUUACUGAGCAGGAGACUAGAAUACCAAAGAAAACCAUCAUCAUUGAGGAGACUAUAACCACUGUGGUGAAGAACCCACGUAUGAGGAGGCACAAGUCCCCCGGCUUGACUGUUGCUGGAGCCCACCGCUCGGAGACCUCCACCCCAGAGCCCCCCACAGCCAGGCCGAGGAGGAUGCCCACUCCAAGAAAGACCACCAUCCCAACCCUUUAUGUUACUGAGCCCCAGGGUGCUGGAGCCAGGGCCAUGGAGAGCAAGCCCAGAUGGGUUGAGGUAGAGGAGGUCAUCGAGUAUAAGAUCAGUAAAUCUCCCAGGCUGCCCAGGAGGAGAGGUAUCUCACCUGCAGGGUCUGAUCGUGCAGCCACUCCCUCCAGACCCAAAAGGUCUCCGCCGGAAAACCCAAACGCUAACAAUUCCAACAACAAGCUGGUGGAGCAGGCCCAGCUGCAGGGAGAAGUCAGCAGCCAGCCGCUCUCCUGGGACGAAGAGGAGGGUAAUGUUUCCUCUGAUUCUGUCUCUGGAGUCACUGGAGAGCCACAUGAGCUCUCAUCUGUCCUCACUCAAGCUGGAGAGGACAGCGAGGACCUGGAUGAUGAACAAAACAUCAUUUUUGAACCUGAUGAUGAAGAUGAUGAUGAUGAUCACAACUCACUUGGAAAGCAGGAGCCUAAGAUUCUGACACAAGGAGGCCGUGUUCUGACCCUUGAAGACUUGGAGGAUUACGUCCCAGAAGAAGGAGAGACUUACGGUUCCUCCAGCACCCACAGCCUUGCUGCGGAAAAGCCCUGUGAGAUCUCUGUGCUCCAGAGGGAGAUCGGCGGGUCCACAGUGGGACAGCCGGUGCUCCUCAACGUGGGACGGCCUGUCGUGGUCCCGAGGCAGAGGAGCGGCUUCUUCGGCCGCUUCAGGGAUCAUCUCUCCAGCAGCCUUUUCUCAUCUGCUGUCCCCCAAGCCAGCGGAGCCCAGUCGAGGACGGAAAGGAAUGUCCCCAUCCAAGUGAGCCACGCAAAACUGGAAGUGAAGCCUUCAUACUGCUCAGAGGUGCAGAGAGUUGAGGGUGGGCAGCGGAGCUUUAAAACCAAAGUGUCAACUCAGACCUACGGCUACACAUCAGUGGGCAACCCAGUCACUCUUCAAAUUAGUGAUAACCUUUAUCAGAACCAAUAGUAGCAUCUCAUUUUAAUCUGGUACCACAACCCUCUUAGUCUUAAAUGGGGACAUUUCUACUUACAUAAGGAAUAAGACAUAUCCUAACCUGAAGUAUAUUUACUGCAUUUGACAAACCAUUCCAUUUUGAAGCUGCCUUUCAGAAAAUAGGCUCAUCCUCUGAGUUUUUUUCUUGACAAAUGGUUAGAGUCAGAUGGCCUCUUUAGACUAGGCGAGUUGGAAAAUAUAGGUAUAAAUAUGUCACUGUAAGCAUGUAUCAGUCCCAACCUGCUCUGUUACACUUGCUUUAUGACAUAUGGAGUAUGUGUUGUACAAUAUACAUGGUUGACAGAAAAAAAAUUAAGGUUUGACAUUUUACUGAAGAACAAUUUCAUCGUCUUUUGUCGAGUUAAAUUGUAUUUAAUAAAAUACAUAACGUUUCACCUCAACAGACCUUCACAAAAUCAUGAACCUUGACCCACCAAUAUUAACUGAUCCAGGCAUUAUCCUUAGUGAUGACUCCUGCUAUAUAC